CUACAAGAGAGACAGUAGACACGUCAGCGUAACUGUCAUUGCCGUCUUCAUAACCUUCUUUCUCCCGGGUCAUGAAAAAGCACUCUGAGAAUGAAACUAACAACCUCUCUGCCCCACUCUCACUUGAACUGAACUGAACUGAACUCCAUGACGUAACAAACUCUCUCCUCUUGCUCUCUCUCUCGCUCGCUCUCUCUCAACAAUGGGAGAUGAUAGCAGGUUGAUCAUGGAGGAAGACAAAGAUUUCCACUCUCUUGACAAUUCUUCGCCAUCACUAAUACCGUCUCUGACGAUGCACUUCUCUUCGCUGAUGAUCGACGUUGAAGAUCGCAGCAGUAUCGUUGCCACAAAAACCUUUUCCUAUAACAAGCUUCCUUCUGAACCAUUCACCCUCUCCAUUCUCAAAUUGGACGGAUCUUGCUUCCAUGUUGAAGUUGCGAAAACGGCAACUGUUGCAGAACUCAAUCGUGCGGUGGAGGCGGUUUUUAGUCACACACCUCAGAAAUGGCCAGAGGAAAUACCGUGGGCUCAUGUUUGGGGGCAAUUUUGCUUAUGUUAUGAAGGACGUAAGCUUGUCAUUGAAACAACUUAUCUUAGAGAUUAUGGCAUCAAGGAUGGUGACCAGCUUCGUUUCAUUCGUCAUGUACCUAAUACUUGUUUUCAAAGAAAGAGGCUAAAGAAAAGAGUUGUCAAUCUGAAAAUAAAAAGGAGGUAUAGGUCAUCCUCCAAAGCGAAUAGAUAUCAACAGAAACUACGAUGUGGAGGUGAUGACGACAUUGGUUUCGAUGAAGGAUAUCUUGUUGGCAAGGAGAGAUUAACGGGCUUUUUGGGAGGUUUGUUCUCAUACAACCGGAUGGCAGUUGCGGAAAGAGCAAGAACUGAAAGCAGGGUUUGCCCCUCAUCCAUUGCUGAAGUGAAUUUCAAGCUUCUGUGCAUAGUGAUGUAUAUGAAUGGAGUUAGGGCUCUCAAAGAAAGAACUGCAUAUAUGGUACGCACAUUUUCUACUCUCCUUGGGUACAAUAUAGAGGAGUCUUACAAUUAAGGAAGAAAAUGGAUUCAUGAUGAGAUUUCUCGAAUAUUGCAUGAGAAGAAGAAAUUCAUGCGAUGUUUGGAGUUUGAUUAUUUUUUAGUAAAUAUUAUUUUGCUUAAUGACUGUUAUUACAACAUGUCCAUGAGCGAGUAAAUAAAGCCACCAAAAUCAACCACCAGUAUAAAAUACAUGUUGAAAUAUAAAUACACAUUGAAAAUAAAUUAAACCACAUAUGUAGUUAUACACAAAUACAUUAAUAGCUUAUUUUAGUGACUGAUUUUGGUGUAAGAAUAACAUUUUUAUAUUAGUUGUUAAUUAUAGAUAAUAAGUACUUCCUAGUUAGUUGCUUCUGUUAGUCAGAGAACACGUUUGUUAACCACUAACAACUUUUGGCGCCUUUUCUAAUUGUAUACUGUCUAUAAUAUGUCAUUGAUUGAUUGAUUAUAUCAUCUUUUUUCCCUGUAUUACAUUAUUAUACUGAUACCAAUGUUAAAUGGAUUGAUCCAUCAUAAAUCUUUUUUCUUUCUCUGUAGCAGUAGUGCAACAGCAAUCUAUUUAAUUUAACUAUUUAAGCAGUCCACAGCCUACACACCUACAUUCAAAUUUUAUUUUUCAUCUCUUAAAUGGGUUAAGCCGAGCUAACGCUGAAAUUAGUAUCCACAAAGUCGUAAAAUUGGUAAUUAGUUGAUUUUUAUCGAUGCGAAAGAACUCGAUCAUCAUCUGUGGUGAAAGAUAUCUAGACCCUAAUACCCCAAAAAGGAAAGAGGGAAAAAAAAAAGAGGAGCUAAAACUGGUUGGAUUUAAACCUCCCCAAGUCCCACUAACUUUUCAUGUGUGCUGUGUGUAAAUGCUAGCAAUUAGAAUUGUAUGCAAUAAUAAUUAUCUAUCCACAAAAUCAAAAAUGUAAUUCAAGAUCCUCAAUCUAUGAUGAGAUAAUCCACAAGGGACUUCAGUUCUUGUUCUUAAACUGAACAGAUAAACCAAUCUUUU